GCAGUUGAGAAGCACAAGCACCAUUUUACCUUAGGAAUUGUGUGUUCUGUUUCUCUCUCUGUGUGUGCUGAUGUCACUGUCUUUAUUGCUGUUAAAAACUCUUCUAUAUACUUUGUUCUCACAGUUGUAGAGACAGAGAAAGAGAGAACAAACGAGGUGCCUCUGUUUCUAGCUUGUAGAAACCUUCUAAGUUCAGCAAGUCAGAAAAGAAAAAAAAAAAAAAAAAACCAGCCUUUGCCCUUAGCUCAGGUGGAGUUCUUCUUUUUCUGCUACUUCUCUUUAUGUUGAAAAUAAUGAUAACCGAUUUGCUUAGCCAUGGACAACAGUGUUCCUGAUUGGAAUUUUGGGAGUGAUUCCUGCAUCACCAACAAUGAAAAGAAGCCUAUCGGGGUGGACCAAGAACUUGUGGAGCUUCUGUGGCAAAAUGGUCAGGUAGUGUUGCACAGCCAAACACAUAGAAAACCAGGUGUGAAUUCGAUCACACCGAGACCUCUUCACAGGGCUUUUCAAUCAACAUUAAGGACUAGUGAGCCAUUUGGGAACUCAAGUAACUUGAUUCAAGAUGAUGAGACAGUCUCAUGGAUCCAAUACCCUCUUGAGGAUCCAUUGGAACAAGAAUUCUGUUCAAACCUUUUAUCUGAAUUGCCACAGUGUGAUGUUGAGUCCUAUAAGCAAAUCAAGCCAUUUGAAGAGGCAAAGUUUACCAAAUUGGAUGCUUCUGGUGCCCCCCAUGUGCUUGUAAGUUCACAAUCACCUACUAUGAAAUCCUCCUCUUUUCAGGAACUCUCAGGAAUUCCUAUACCUGCUCCAAGAUUCCAUGUUUCUGAUUCACCUCAGAAAAAUAAUAAUGACUUGGGUGGUGGACCAUGUAAGGUCCAAAACUUCUCUCACUUUUCACCUACCCUUAAUGUUUCUUCAGCAUUGCCUAAUGGGCGUUUUAGAGACAAAAUCACUGGUAACAUGUCAAAAAAUGAGGUUAGAGAGUGCUCAUUGAUGACAGUUGGAUCAAGUUACUGUGGUAGCAAUCACAUGACCCAAGAUCCAGAUGCAAGCAGGGCAUCAAGCAAUGGUGUUUGGACUACUGCUUUAUCUGUUGACCCUGAAGCUGUCAGAGAUGAUGUGCCAAGAACAAUUCCUCUGUGUGAGAAAGGGAAAUCAGAGAUGCUUGAACCAACUGCUACUUCAUCUUCUGGUGGCUCAGGUAGUAGUCUAGGAAAAACUUGUUCCUUAUCCACCAGAAACCAGAGCCAAAAAAGAAAAACAAUAGACGUGGAAGAAUCUGAGGAUCAUAGUGAGGACACAGAACUUAAAUCACCAGUUGGCAACAAGACAUCUCAACGGACAGGGUCGGCUAGAAGGAACCGUGCUGCUGAAGUGCAUAAUCUAUCAGAAAGGAGAAGGAGAGAUAGGAUCAAUGAGAAGAUGAAAGCAUUGCAACAACUCAUACCUCACAGUAGCAAGACAGACAAAGCAUCAAUGUUGGAAGAGGCAAUAGAAUAUUUGAAAUCACUUCAGUUACAACUCCAGCUAAUGUGGAUGGGAUCUGGCAUGGCACCGAUGAUGUUUCCAGGAAUUCAACACUAUAUGUCUCAAAUGGGUAUGGGAAUGGCUACUUCUCCUUUCCCUCCCAUUCAAAAUCCAAUGCAAUUACCACGAGUACCUCUUGAUCAUCCUGUAUCUUCAUCUCAGACACCAAACCAGACAUUGAUGUGUCAAAAUCCUAUUUUGGGUGCCUUUAAUUACCAAAAUCAAAUGCAAAAUCCAGCUCUUUCAGAGCAAUAUGCACGUUACAUGGGCUAUCAUCUUAUGCAAAAUGCUUCUCAGCCAAUCAAUGUAUUUAGAUAUGGUCCCCAGGCAGUACAACAUAGUCAAACAAUGAUUACACCCAGCAACAGCAGUGGAAACAUGAGUGGAGCAGCAAAUAUUGAUGAGACUGUGAGUGGCAAAAUGGGUUAAUUAGUUUAGAAGAAAGCUUACGAGAACCUACGGCAUAACUAACAAGAUAAUUGCAAGAUGAUAGAAGCCCUUGUAUGCUUUCACAGUAUGUCUGCCUGUUUAUAUAUAUAUAUAUACACACACACAUAUGUAGUUACUUAUAUACGAAUCUAUUGUACAAUAUUGGUCAAACCAAAAGCAACAAGAAUGGGGUAAAAUUAAAAAAAGAAAAGUUGAUAUCUAGAGGUGAUUGGUUACCUUAUGAAAAAUUAGUACCUUCCAUACAGUGAUAUAAUAAAUUAAUUGUAAAAAGAAAAAAUAGUUUUGGUAAAAGUGACUGUCUACCUUUGAAGUAAUACAGUUGCUCUUUUCUCAUCAAGCACAAUUCCUUUAUUAAUUGCUUGGACAUUUGGUAGAUGAAAAGGGUCCUUUUUUUUAUUAUAGAUGGAACAUAACAUAUCUGUGUGGAUUUUUUUAUUGUGCUGAUGUGCAAAGGCAGGGCUAUAAUUUGUAGUAUGUGAGCCAUUCAUUGUUUAAAAUGUAAUAAUUAGUUGCUAUGAAAGGACUUAAAUUAAGAUGCAUCCCUAGCCUAUAGCAUGCUACCUUUUGAUGGAGAAGAUUUAUUCAACUAGAUUAGGUCAUCUUUUUUUCCUUGUUUUUCAAUAGCUUACAUUAUGUUCUAGCCUCCUAGAGUGCUUGCAUGACCAAAGCACAAGAUUUUACCAAAAUAAACAUGUUGGGUGAGCAUGCAUAAGCCUGAAAAGGUUAGCUGAUGCAUGAUUAGUUGCUACUUUAGUCUUUCCUUCUCUCAACUACAAAUAACUUCCUCGUGGUUUCUCUGCUGUCAUCAAAAGUAAUUAAUUAUUCACAGGUGGAAAUGGAAGGCUUAACUUAACAAUUUUUAGCUUUUUUUUUUUCUUUAUUUUUAUUUUUAUUUUUUACAUGUCCUGAAAAAAAGGAAAAAUGUCAUGAAAAUUGAAUAUGUACCCUCCACUUUUGUUUGUGAUGGCUUUAUCUUUAGUCAAGCUAAAAAUAAAUGUUGUUGCUGUGGUCCCCUGCAUCAAAACUAAAGGUAGUCAACUAACUGCUAAAAUUUGGAUACCACUAAGUAUAUGUACACCAAGUUGUUUUGUUUAUCUUUCCAUGGGACCUCAAAAAUAGACACUUGCUGAAUCCAUGAGCUAUUUCUGCAAAUGGGGUCCCCCUCCUCAAUCAGAAUGCCAUGAAAACUAAGCAACUCACACUUUAAAAAAACCCUUGGUCAUGGUUUUGUUACAUAUCAUAAUCCACACUUUAUGACUCCAUUUGCACACAAUUCUCCUCCAAUUUGCUAUGUUCCUUCAUCAUCACCUUUCUUUUUCUCCUUUCCAGGUUCUUCCACCUUUAACUAAAUAGCAGCCAGCAUCUGAUAUAUGAUAUGAUAUGAUCCUUAAUUGAAGGGUUUGCAUUGGAUGGGGGAAUCAACCCUGAUAAAGCUCCAAAUUUGUGUAGUGUGCUUGCCAUGCAAUUUGUGUUGUCUAAUGAAGAGUUUGAGAAAAUUUGUAGUAGACAGGUCCUUCAUUAUGGGCCAGUUUUGUUCUCAGCUUCUGUGUCCCAUCAGGUAGAGCAUUCUGCACUGUUUGUAGAUCUGAGAAAGUAACAUGAUAGAGCUAAUUUUUUUUUUGCAAUCAUUGUGUCUCAACUCAACUUCUCUUGAGAACAACUAUUCUGCUCAAUGACAUCAACUAUGGAAUAUAUAACAUUGUGCAUCA